UUGCAGGUGAAACAAGAAAAUGCACCUAAUGGAAGCGAGCGCUGUAUAGACAAUCCUUUUAACAUAAAUGCAACAGAUAUUGACGCAGCAAUCGUCGAUUUUCUCAAGAAAGUGAAACAUUUCCAGGACCGUGCAUGGAAAGAAAAUCCCACUAAGGCGAAUUCAAAACGUCGAUUAGUUUAUGGAUUGCGUGAAGUUCGUAAGCAGUUGAAUUCAGGAACGGCACAGUGUAUCAUCAUGGCAAAAGACAUCGAAACCGCUGAUCACAAUGAACUUUUCAAUGAAAUCGAUGUAAUUGGGCAGUUAUGCGCAUCACAGAAUGUGAAUAUGCUGUGGAUUUCAUCGAAGCAUAGCCUAGGUAAAGCGGUAAAGAAGUUCCCUUUUGUAUCGGCAGUAGCGGUGUGUGAUUUUCGUGGCGCCGAGGAUUUGUACGAAGCAGCAGUAGGGAUUUGUGAAGAAUUCACAGCAUGCUGUCGAAUAGCAGACCAUGUUGACCAGCCAUCUUUGUUCGCUUAA